AUGGAAACGAUCGGACGGCGAUACUUCGAUAAAGAACCCCGACCGAAGAAGCCUAGCCGAGUCGAGGAGAGCCGUCAGUUCCAGCAGGCCCGCAAAGCGAUUGCUCAGGACAGUCAAAACUUAAAGGUAGACAAGAAGUUCAACGAAGGACGUCGCCCGGGGCCUCCGACUGGUGCGGCACAGCACCCUGAAGAUGCAGCUGCGCCUCACCCUUCGAAUGACACUAACUCGGGCGACGACGAACUUCGCUAUGAAUCUAGCAAUAAGUCUUCUAACCAUCAUUCCACCCUCUCGCCGCCGCCGGCCAGUCGUCCUCGGAUCGCACAGCGCGCGAAGGAUGCAGUAUUGUCUCUCAUCAGACCCUUAUCCCCGAAUUACGACUCUGCAUCGCCUGUGGCUGGCCCAUCGAGCACUCAUCCAACCCAUGCAGGGUUUGCCCCUCUUGACGACUCAGAAAGGAUCCGUCACUUGGCGGAUGUCCGGGAACGACCCCUUAUUCUAACCCCUGAUCCGAGUUCACAACACACCGGCCCCACGGAUCGUAUGGGCGUGUGA